GAGACUGUGUCAAACAGAAAGAUGCGAAAAUGAUCGUAACUCCGGCCAAAGUUACUAAAGCUAUGGAAGAACCGUCCGUAAUAACUGUUUCUUUAGUUUGAACGCUUGAGUCGCUCUUACGUAGGACAGGAAGCAACUACUUUUAUCGUAAAUGAGCUGAAAUAUCGGGUGCACUUACUUUUGAAGAAGCGGCACUGACCACCCAGCUAACUUCUUUAGCGACAGUCGAGCUAACGCUGAACCGGAGGAGGAAUGGAUACCGACGGCUUGCUAGCAGCCCGCUCCGCAAAUAUUAAAAUGUAACUAACGUCAAGGCUAUGUUAACAUUAGCUGCUUAGCUUAGUUGUAUCUUCACCUCUCGAGAAGUUGUUUAGUGCGUCGGGUAGUUAGUUAGACAGCUGGUUCCGGAGCUGGUAACUUGACCGAGGGAAGGAUGAUGUCUCGGCGGCGGCUGGACAGUCGCAGCGGGCUCACGGCGGGACUGCUGGGGGAGAUUCAAACCCCCAUCAACACGGAGCCGGUGGAGAGUGUUUAUGAAAUCACCGGCGAGCUGGGCAGGGGAAAGUUUGCGGUGGUCAAACGCUGUGUGGAGAAGGCCACGGGGAAAGUGUUUGCUGCUAAGUUCUUACGGAAGAGGCGGCGGGGUCGUGACUGCCGGGCAGAAGUGGUCCAUGAGAUGGCCGUCCUGGAGGUGGCGCGCAACAACCCCCGCGUGGUCAACCUGCACGCUGCCUACGAGACAGACCAUGACAUUGUCCUAAUACUGGAGUAUGCGGCAGGUGGAGAGAUCUUUGACCACUGUGUGUCUGAGGAGCUGCUGCCAGAGGCCCAGAUCAUCCGCCUAAUCAGACAAACCCUGGAGGGAGUCCACCACCUCCACCAGAGCAACCUAGUGCACCUGGACCUUAAGCCCCAGAAUAUCCUCCUGACUAGCCCAUCUCCUCCAGGGGACAUAAAAAUUGUAGACUUUGGCCUUGCACGUAGGCUGGGCGCGGUGGGAGAGCUAAGAGAGAUUCUUGGCACACCUGAAUAUGUGGCACCAGAGAUCCUGAAUUAUGAGCCAAUCACAACAGCAACUGACCUAUGGAGUGUGGGUGUUAUAGCCUACAUGCUGGUGACGGGUGAGUCUCCAUUUGCUGGAGAUGACAAGCAGGAAACAUAUCUGAACGUGUCCCAAGUCAACGUGGACUUCAGCAGAGAGGCUUUCUCCAGGGUGUCAGAGCUGGCUGUUGACUUCAUCCGCAAGCUGCUGGUCAAAGUGCCUGAGGACAGGCCCAGCGCCGCAGACUGCAUGAGUCACCCAUGGCUGUGGCAGCAGCAGCACUACCAGGGCCCAGAGCCCGUUACGCCCCGCCCCGUCCGCGAGAGGAGCUGUGGCACAAAGUGGGCCGCUCCACCCGAAGACCUCGAAGACAAGGAGAACUUCCUAGAAUCACCCCAUUCUCAUGCGAAAAAGUUCCGCUUCGAUGAGGAAACGCCUGCUGCUGGGGACGGUGACUUCUGAAAACAAACAAAAAAAAAAAGAAAUAAGAAAAAGGGGAAAUGGGACGCAGGGUGUAGGGCAGGGUAGCACACUCCUCCCCUGCUGCUUUUAAAUUGUUUUAUGCAUUCAGAAUACCAGCUGUCCACUGCCCGCCACCCAAGAGCACUUAGGUCUUGUUUGUGUUCCAGUCCUUGGUCAAGAACGACCACUCAAACCAAAGAUAACCAGCUAAAGUUUGAGAUCUAAGGCUGAUCCGUCACUGUCGAAACACAUGGAAUUUUUUAUUUCUCAAUUAAUGCAGUGUGUUAACCUCAAGUAUUUAAUUUUAUUGUGAGCUGUCUCUGGUGUUGUCAGAGUGCUGUCUAAUUGCACACCAUGUUGAGCGUUCAGUUGUCCCCGAUCUGAAAGUGGCCAGUUUGAAGUAUCUCAAGGGAAAUCUAUGCAAUACUUCUGUGUUGAAAAUAGCUUUUCAAAAAAC